AGACAUCAAAGACGCACACUCUCGUUUCUUGACUUUCACAGAUUCCAUUUGAACAGAAAAACCUUUAAAAGUUGUGUCUGGGUGAAGAAGCAAGAAGGAAUAUUUAAAGUGCGAUGGCCAAAGGCGCCAAAAAAUUCGAAACCUGAGGAUAUGGGCAUAUUGUUUGAAUGGUGGAACCUCAGAAUGGGUAAUACUAAACAGUAUGAUGAACCUUCUAUGAUAAAACAAAUUUACGGGUCUGCUUUGUACAAUAAGAUAACGAAAUCAAAAGAAUUGAAGAGGCGAAAAGAUCUAGAGUCCAAAGAUAGAAUUUGUCCAUUCUGGAGAAUCCUCCAAUUUACUGAUGAAACGGAUAUAACUACAGAUAUGGAGAUAGGUGAUACUGAUUGGAACACUAGUAUAACAGAUCCAGAUGGAACUCUGUUUGAUCCAGGUGACAAGUAUGCUGAGACUGUUCUCAACGAAGAGUUCCAAGAGGUGAUACUUGGGAAUCAGAAGUGGCAAAUCACCAUCACGGCGUUUGGUAAAGACCGGACAGAGCUUUGGAAUUAUACUUACGACUAUGCAAGAGAGGGAUUUGGGUCUGGGAAACUUCUUGUUUAUGUCAACAGUAACCGGGCAAAAAAUAUUGGAGGACAUCUUGGGAAAAAGAUUAAAAACUUGGAUGUUCGAAAUCUGAACACACACUGCCCUAUUGAUCCUAGCAAACAUGAAAUGUUUCGCGAGGAAUUUUCUGAUGCAAGAAAUCUUAAUACGAAGUUCACAAGACAAGAUACGUUUUGCCCUGGUUUCAUUUUGGAGGUCGACAACUGUUUUAACGUUUUUGUUACCAGGUUGAGCAUGGCUCAGUUAUUCUACGGGCACCAUGGUGUACAAAACCAGUGGCAAAAACUUGAACGGAUGACAGAUGAUAAACGAUACUUAGAUUCUAUGGAAUCUCAAGAUGGCGUAAAACAAAUGGUAUUUUCGUACAGAAAGUUUAUUCACACAUCCAGAGUUUAUGAAAAUUGGCUAGAGACAGGAAAGCCUGAAAUAAGCCUGGUAGACUCGAAAGUAUUAAUGCCGGUUGACAAUGUACCAAGCUUGCAUAAAGGGUGCGAUUCUGGAUGUGACUUCUUCUUCGAAAUAGAACACAAACCUGCAAGAAAGAUAUAUAAGCGGAUAAGACGCAGGGAAGAACAAAACCCGCCUUCAAUAUUCAUAAGUGACCCAAAAGAUGAUCUGUUAUCGGAGUCUUUCAAGAAAAUAGCACUGACCGACGAACCGAGGAUCGUGCAACCUGUCUGGACAACUUGGCCACUUCCACAAGGCUGGGAGAAAAGAUUUGAUAAUAAUUCUAGACGACAUCAUUUUGUGAAUCACCACACUCAACAAUCCCAAUGGGAUGAUCCUAGAAUUUCCGUCUAUGAGGAAGAACAACGAGAGGCUAAAGCUAUCGAGGAAAGCGCAAUUGAUCAUGCUCUUCGUGAUUUGGGUGACGAUUUUCUGUUCAACGAAAUCAUGUGCAUCCCCGAAAUCAUGUGCACUCCCUAGUGGUUUCCCAUUUGAAUUGAAAUUAAAGCUCAGAAUAAGAUGGAAAUUUACUGUGGAGAUGUAUAACUGUCUUUAAUAAUACCUUGUGAAAUACUUUUAAUGAUCAUUGUUAAAAUAAGGUAAUAACUGAUAACUGAUUUUAUGAUAACACUUUUGAUCUAGCUGUUUUUAGAACUGUUUUAUGAUUUUUUAUAUCUUUAAAAUCCGUUUUAUAAGUUUAAAAUAGCCAGAAUUAGUAAUUUAUCAUUAAACUAUAUUGCAGAUAGAAGUAUAUUUUAGAGUUUUGCAUCAUGUAAGCCAGGAAAUUGGAGCCAUUCUGAACCGCAGUUUUAACAUCGUAGCUUAGAUUUAUAAUUAAUAAUCAUAUAUGGAGGAUUUAGUCAGCCUAUUAGUACUGUGAUCAGUGAAAAAGCAAACUCAAAAUCUACCAAUCCAUCCUUUGGCCCUCUGCCCAUUUCACAAAAUGAAAUAUAUUUCUUGGCUCAUGUUGUGUUAUAAAAAUUCAUUCGACCCUUAGCUUACGGACAUGCUGCGUUACAUUGUACAUCUGAUAAGGGAUUACGUCACCCCUGCAUAUUGCAUAAAUGGUGUUGCUCGUUUUUAAGCAAAAAUUGUGGUAAACUUGACCAUGAACUUUCUUUCAUGUUAGUAUGUUUUACAACAAAAUUUCGUUUUUCUUCUUCAUUAAACUUAGAUCUGGAAAGAAACUGCUGUGUGUGAUUUUUGCUGAGUACAUAAAUUUCUUUCAAAGGUAAUUGUAGACAGAUAAUUGAUAAAACGAAUUUCCCCGGAUGAUCUAACGUGCAUUUCAGAUGAUUUAAUGUUUUACUUUUGACUUUCGAAUAUUUUGUACUUGUUAUUGUUCAAUUUGUAAGGCGCG